CGCCGCGGGGCUCCGGGAGGAGGCGCAGCCCGAGAGGGCGGAGAAGGAGGAGGAGGAGGAGGGGAGAGGAGGAGCGCGGGGUGGAGGAUGGAGCCCCGGGCAGCCGCGGCGGGCUCGCCCGAGCCGGCGGCGGCGGCGUCCUCGUUUCAGGCCCGGCUCUGGAAGAACCUGCAGCUGGGGGUGGGCAAGAGCAAGGGCGGCGGGGCCGCGCGCGCGGGGGGCCCUGAGCACCGCACUGCGGACACCCCGUCGCCCUCCCCGCCGCCCCCCGGGGGCCGGCGGGAUGCCCCGGCCAGCUUGGGUGGCGGGGGCAGCCGGUGGAGCGGCUUCAAGAAACGGAAGCAAGUGCUGGACCGCGUCUUCUCCUCCUCGCAGCCCAACCUGUGCUGCUCGUCGCCGGAGCCUCUGGAGCCCGGUGGCACUGGCCGGGCCGAGCCUGGGUCCACGCUGCGCCGCCGGAUCCGCGGGCAUCUGCUUCCCGUGGGGAAGGGGCCGGGGGCCGCCGCCGCCGCUGGAGCGACUCCUCCCGGCGGACGCUCCCCAGACUCGGCUCCCUCUUCGUCCUCCGCCUCAUCCUCGCUGUCCUCCUCGCCCCAGCCGCCCCCGAGGGGGGACCGCGCCCGGGAUGAGAGCGCGCGGCGUCGGGGCACCGCGGCGCACUUGUGCCAUCAGAAGAGUUCCUCGCUGCCGGGCACCGCCUGCUUGGAGCAGCUGCUCGAGCCGCCGCCGCUGCCGCCUCGCGCUGAGCCAGCCCAGAGCCCGGCGGAGCCGCGGACCCCGGAGAAGGGCCCGGAGCGCGGCAGCAGCGGGAAAAUAAAUACUGCUGGCACCAGUAAUGCAGAUGUCCCUUUGGCUGAGCCCGGAAUGUACCAAUUGGACAUCACAUUAAGAAGGGGUCAAAGUUUAGCUGCCCGAGAUCGAGGAGGGACAAGUGAUCCAUACGUGAAGUUUAAAAUUGGAAGAAAAGAAGUUUUUAGAAGUAAAAUAAUACACAAGAACCUCAAUCCUGUGUGGGAGGAGAAAGCUUGCCUUCUUGUUGAUCAUCUUAGGGAACCAUUAUAUAUAAAGGUGUUUGACUAUGACUUUGGACUGCAGGAUGACUUUAUGGGCUCAGCCUUUCUGGAUCUCACACAAUUGGAGUUAAACAGGCCCACGGAUGUGACCUUAACACUGAAAGAUCCCCAUUAUCCUGACCAUGAUCUUGGAAUCAUUUUGCUCUCAGUCGUCCUUACCCCUAAAGAAGGAGAACACGUGACAAUGCUAAUGAGGAAGAGUUGGAAAAGAUCAAGUAAGGAACUCUCAGAAAACGAAGUGCUUGGAUCUUAUUUCUCUGUGAAGUCUUUCUUUUGGAGGACAUGCGGCAGGCCUGCUCUUCCUGUCCUGGGCUUCUGCAAAGCAGAGCUUCAGAGAGCUCAUUACCAAAAUGCACAAUUUCAGACUCAAAGUUUACGUCUGUCAGACGUACACAGAAAAUCACACCUGUGGAGAGGAAUCGUCAGCAUCACAUUGAUUGAAGGGCGAGACCUCAAGGCGAUGGAUUCAAACGGGUUGAGUGACCCCUAUGUGAAGUUCCGACUUGGGCAUCAAAAGUACAAGAGCAAGAUUAUGCCCAAAACACUGAAUCCUCAGUGGAGGGAACAAUUUGAUUUUCAUCUCUAUGAAGAAAGAGGAGGGAUCAUUGAUAUCACUGCCUGGGACAAAGAUGCUGGGAAAAGGGACGACUUUAUUGGCAGGUGCCAGAUUGACCUGUCGGCUCUCAGUAGGGAGCAGACACACAAGCUGGAGUUGCAGCUGGAAGAAGGGGAGGGGCACCUGGUAUUGCUGGUCACCCUGACAGCUUCGGCCACUGUCAGCAUCUCUGACCUCUCCGUCAACUCCCUGGAGGACCAGAAAGAACGCGAGGAAAUACUGAAGCGAUAUAGCCCAUUGAGGAUAUUUCACAACCUGAAAGAUGUGGGCUUCCUCCAAGUGAAAGUGAUCAGAGCAGAAGGGUUAAUGGCUGCUGACGUCACAGGUAAAAGUGACCCGUUUUGUGUGGUUGAGCUGAACAAUGAUAGGCUGCUAACACAUACUGUCUACAAAAAUCUGAACCCUGAGUGGAACAAAGUCUUCACAUUCAACAUUAAAGAUAUCCAUUCAGUUCUUGAAGUGACAGUUUAUGAUGAAGAUCGGGAUCGAAGUGCUGACUUUCUGGGCAAAGUUGCUAUACCCUUGCUGUCCUUUCAGCAGCUGGGGGUCAAAGGUCACCGAGGGAGUGUAUUCAGUGGAGACCGCGAGACAGACGGCUGUCAUGUCCUUUUCCCGCAGAUUCAAAAUGGUGAACAGAAAGCCUACGUCUUGAAAAACAAGCAGCUGACAGGGCCAACAAAGGGGGUCAUCUAUCUUGAAAUAGAUGUGAUUUUUAAUGCUGUGAAAGCCAGCUUACGAACAUUAAUACCCAAAGAACAGAAGUACAUUGAAGAGGAAAACAGACUCUCUAAACAGCUGCUGCUAAGGAACUUUAUCAGAACGAAGCGUUGUGUCAUGGUGCUCAUAAAUGCUGCAUACUAUGUUAAUAGUUGCUUUGACUGGGAUUCACCCCCAAGGAGCCUCGCUGCUUUUGUGCUCUUUCUCUUUGUCGUCUGGAACUUUGAGCUCUACAUGAUACCACUGGUUUUGUUGUUACUGCUGACAUGGAACUACUUCUUGAUAAUAUCAGGGAAAGAUAACAGGCAACGCGAUACAGUAGUGGAGGACAUGUUGGAGGACGAGGAAGAAGAUGAUGACAAAGAUGACAAGGACAGUGAAAAAAAGGGAUUUAUAAAUAAAAUUUAUGCCAUCCAGGAGGUAUGUAUCAGUGUCCAGAACAUCCUAGAUGAAGUGGCUUCCUUUGGCGAAAGGAUAAAGAAUACUUUCAACUGGACCGUCCCAUUCUUAAGCUGGCUAGCCAUUGUAGCCCUCUGUGCGUUCACAGUCAUCCUGUACUUCAUUCCGCUGAGAUACAUUGUCCUUGUCUGGGGAAUCAAUAAAUUUACAAAAAAGCUUCGGAAUCCGUAUGCAAUUGAUAACAAUGAACUACUCGAUUUCCUUUCCAGAGUCCCUUCAGAUGUGCAAGUGGUGCAAUACCAAGAACUGAAACCAGAUCCUUCUCAUAGCCCAUGUAAAAGGAAGAAAAACAAUCUUGGCUAGCCAGCUCCCAGCACUGGGGAGACCAGCAUCUGUGUGGGAGGAUAAAAGAAAAAGACUUCAGCCUCAGCAGCACUUCCUUUCUUUCUGUUUUUUAUUUAUUUUGCCUUUUUAUCAUGAUUGAGAGAAUUUGUAAAUAGUGUACAAAGGCGUAUGUCUUUGAAAAUAUACUUCCAUUGUACAGAAACAAUUUGAUAAAGGUUUAGCUAUUGCUGCCUGAAAGCCUUGCUAGCUGUGGAUAAUAAUAUAACACUGGAACAACAAAUGUAAGAAUGGUUAACAUUGGGAGAUACAUACUUCUCUAAUUACAAGUGGAAAAACUAGAAUAUUAGAUUAAAUGCUCAGCUGUGCUCUUAUUAAAUCUACAUAAAAUGUAAAUGUCAAUUUGAAUUUAAAGUUUUUUUUUUAAUGUGACUAUUUUUUACCUGAAAAAUAAUCCAUUACAGUUUUCUAUGUUUUAUACAUUUCAAAAGGGAGGGAGGGAAUCCCAGAACUUAAAUAAUGGAACAGAUGCAUUUCAACUUACAUAGGUUCAGAUCCUGAUAUUCAUUCCUGUGCACAUUAUUUAGCUAUGACUAGGCUGAUUUUAAGCUAAUGAAUGAAAGUAUAGUCACCUCAACAAGAGAAUUUUCCAUACGCUGAUAUCCUACAAAGAAAAUUUCCAAAUCUUCUAUCAUUCCAUCUAAAACUGUAAAAUGUCUACAAGACGAUACAAAAAAUACUGCCAUGUUUAUAAAUGAUUGCCUAUAAGGAUUUUUAUACCAACCACUAUUAAUUUGUACCAAGUCACAAAUUAG